ACAGUGUGAGCCUCGUGAAUGACUGACCAUUAUAAGUGGAAGUAAAAACCCGGCAUGUCAGCUAGCAGUGAUGUUCAUCGUCGCCAGAGGGCGCCUCGUGUCCAUGGCUCACUGGCCGCGAGCAGCUCUAAAAUGAAUACACCAGAUUCGACCGAAGACGAAAGCAAGGAAACUGUGACGUCACAGUCUUGUUUCAGACGACAUGACGUCAUACUAUGGAUAUGUGGCGUGUUGUUCAUGGUUGCGCUCGGGGGCACUAUCUUCGGCAUCGGAGGCUCUAGAGGAUGGGACGCUAACUCGGGUUUCUCGCACAACGUCAGCGCGACGUCAUCCAUUCGGUUUUUACCAGAACCUGAUGUCGAGGAGCCCGGAGUGAAAGGAAGGCAUGGCACAGACGCCUCAGCACGUUGGUAUUACUGGAAGCUGCCACCAGACCAGGUCACGUGGUACAGCCGCUUAUUCGUCUGGGUCUGUUACAUUUCCCAUCAGCUCUUCGUCUGGAUCGUCAUUUAUAAUUUACAGCAGGAAAAGGCAAAACAAGGGAUGGAAUACACACCUUCGCUCAACAAAUACAACUAUUACUUCUUCGGGAUCAAUGUGUUUUUCCAUCUUCUUCAUUUGUUGCAAACACACACGACUUAUGACGCCACAGCUCAGGAUGUAAGCAUCGCCAGCUCGCAGUGCUCGGUGAUUAUAAUGCUGACGUUCAUUAUGCUGAUGGAGUACAGGCACAGAGGCAUGGUUUUCGGUUGGCCGACACUAGCACACAAGGACAAGGUUAGCAACUUUUUGCGCCUCAACUUUCAACCAAUCAACAUACUGAAGCGUUACCAUGGUUACCUAUGUUCGUGGGCCUGUGUCUACACGUUUUGGUACCACCCAAUGGAAAACACGUGGGGUCACGUGCUGGGAUUUGCGCACACCUGGAUUGUACUAUUACAAGGAAGCCUUAUGAUGACACAAUUCCAUCUUAACCGCUAUUGGCGGUUGCUAUUGGAGACGUGGCUUUGUCUUCACGCAGGCGUAGUGGCCGCUCAAACUGGAGGUCCGGAACAACUGGGGACCAAACUAUGGCCGAUGUUUGUGUUCGGGACGUUGUUGUUGUACACUGUGACGCAUAUUUUCAGCCUGCCGUUUUGGACAAAGAUUCACUUCGCCUUUCGCUUUGCACCGGUGACCGUGCUCCUGGCGAUCUGUAUCUACAUGUACAGCUGGAUACCGGAUGCCAAUGGCCGACCUUGGUGCGCAUGCGCGAGCUUAUCAAUAUUCCCGCCAUCUACUACGUCGACGUUCUCCUUGCUUGGUGGCUGCUUUACGUGUUUUUGAAGAUCGAAGGUUGGAUUAUGGGACGCCAGGAACAAAAAUCCCCACCGAUGGGAGUGAAAUUCGUUUAUCUGCUUGUUUCAUUUUCCAUGUACGGAAUAUACACUGGUAUUUCCUUAGGCCUACAGUUGUAUGACGUCAAAAUGAUGCUGUUGAUAUUUACCUUCAUCCUAACCGCAGUGCAGACAGUACUCGGAACUGUAUCAUUCAUGUUCUUAAGGCGGGCUUUCGGUGAGCCGCCAGGAGUUGCCUCCCCUCCUAGUUCUACUGUCCGUGUACCCAAAACUGUUGAACCGGUCUCGUGAUUUUAAAUUGAUUUUGGGGGGAUUAUGUUUUUAACAUACAUUUACUGUAAUCCAUAAAUUGUGUCUGAUGCAUUCAUUUGAAUGCAGUUUCAAAAGAACUAUUCAGUUUCAGACGAAAAUGUAUUAUACACCAAGCUAAUGAAUUUGUUGCUCUGUAAGAAGUGUUAAAUUGCUUGAUUAUAAAAUGUCAAGAUUUUAUGUUUUUAAAUGUAAUGAUCGCACAAAGUACUCACUCAUUACAAUAAUUACAUGUAACUCUUCCGGUUAGACUUCAGUAGGGAGGAAUUGAAGUUGAACACUUUUCAUGCUAACGGUGAAAAAGGUUCUAAUCGAAAGAUGUCUCGGGAACUCGGCGACAGGUGUCUGGGUACUCAGUGAUGGGUGUGUGCGGAACAAGGUGACAGGUGUCUCGGGAACUCGGCGACAGGUGUCUGGGUACUCGGUGACGGGUGUUUCGGAAACUCGGUGACAGGUGUGUCGGGAACUCGGUGGCAGGUGUCUGGGUACUCGGUGACGGGUGUUUCGGGAACUCGGUGACAGGUGUGUCGGGAACUCGGUGACAGGUGUUGUCGGGAACUCGGCCACAGGUGUCUGGGUACUUGGUGAUGGGUGUGGGCGGAACAAGGUGACAGGUGUGUCGUGGGAACUCGGUAGGACAGGUGAUCGGGAAAUUACAAAAGGUGGUCACAAAAGUUGCCGAACAUUUUUGACGAGUCACAUGGUGCAGCAAUAUACGUUUUUUUUUUUUUUUUACCUUUAGCAACAAAAGAGUUAGAACUAUUGACUUAAUGUGGCAAGCACAACGUUUCCAUGAAAUCUGUAUCAAUUUCACAGCCGAUUUUGUCUGCACCUUACAAAGCUAGAUUACAGACAACCGGCGUAUGAGGUAAUUAAGUUUAAUGAAACUGUUUUGACAGCGUCCAGGUUGACUUUGUCUGGCUUAGUAUUGUUUUAAUGUCAUUUAUAUAAGAAAGCUUGUGAAAACACUGGCUGAGAAUUGUAGCCUGUUUAUAUUUUACGUUUAUAUUUUAUGUGCAUGAUUAGGCCCUGCAUAUUGUUUACAUGUACCUACAUCAAAAGGAUUUUGACAGGUGCAAGAAUUAAACAUAGUUGUUUUUCAACAUACCUCAGUAAACUGCCAUUGUUCUGUGUUUUGAAAACAUUCCAUGGUUUCCAUAUAUCGAGUCUACCUCUUCCAUCACUUCGUACCAUACAUUUGGACAUACCGUACAUCAUACAUUCGGACAAAGUUACCGUUCAUUUCUUACAGUGUACCUCACAUUUAACUUCUUGGAAAUGCAACCAAGGCUCUAUGCCAGAAAGCGGUCGAAUUUUAGAACUUUCCUUUCCCGCCCCAAAGUCGCCGUAGUUCCAAAGGCAUCAAAGUCCAAACAAGAUUGUGGCUCACAAUGUGGACGGUUGUAUAGUAGAGUUGAUUGUUUUCAACACUUCGCACUUCGGUUUUAAUUCCAAAUCAAGAACGUACAUGACUUUGAAAACAAGCGGACGCUGCAAUGUUUAAUUAGCUACUGCUGUAUUUAUAAGUCUGUUGGAAUUUCUAUUAAAAAACCAUGGCAUAUCCGAAAUAGCGGUUGUUAUUGUAAUUAAUAUUUCACAAUGUAUUAUCAUUUUCACAAGGCCUAGUUUUCGCAUUACUUUUAUCUCGAACAAUCUCUGUGACGCAUAUUUAAGAAAAAAUGCAUGUACAUUUGUGGAUAUAAGGUAUAUAAGAUCAGUAAUUAAUGGGUUUAUUGUGGGUAUGAUAUGCUGGAUUGAAUAUACGAUUUUAGUUUGUAUAGUAUCCUUUUCAGACCAGUUACGAUGUUAACUUCGUUUUUUCCCAUUAUAUCACUGGCUCCAGGAUCACAAGGUUGUCUUAGACUUAAGUCAGACUUAAUAUCAACUUGGCAUAUUAUCCCUGAGUUUAUACUCGAACUUAGACGCAGUAAACUCAUUUAAAAUUAAGACUAAGUUUGAAUUAAGUCUAAUACAGCUACGUGAUCCUGAGACAUGACCGCCGUCGUGCGAGUGAAAUAUACGUCGGUAGGGCGCGAAACACCAAUCAAAUAAACAAAUAUUAACGUUAAUUUCAUUCUGGUGAGGAUUCCGUUGUGGAGAUGUUUCCAUGGUUACAGACGGAUAUAUAAUAUUUGUCUGACGUGAUAGUGUAUAUGAGACAAACUGGUACUUCCCAGGACAGAAAUCAUUUUUAUUACUUUUAUAUCCGACAAUUGCCAUUUGAGUGGUAUGCAAAUUCACUCUUAUAUAAUGGUUGUGUUUUAAACAUUUAAAUUUAGCAUCAUUUUGAGCGUGUCACAUAACGGCAUUAUUAUUACUGUCACAAACGUCAAUUGCUGUUUGUUUGGUUUAAAUGUAUAUUCCCAUGUUGCAAUUGUUUAUUAAAUAUUUAUGAUUAAGAAUUAUGUUGUGUUGAUAUUACCUGAAUAUAUGUUGAUAA